AUGGAGCAGGACGAUGCAGUCUCCGUUCUCAGCGAGAUGGCAUACGCUGGAGCCGGCUAUAUCCUAGCAGAGAUGGAGCUGGAGCAUGCAGCAGAGAUCCUGCUUGACCUAGACAAGCAAAACGCUGCUUACAUCCUGGACGAUAUGGACACAGAGCCAGCCACAAACAUUUUGGCAGCCAUGGAGUACGAGCAAGCGGCAGCUCUGACAUCCAAGAUGGUUGCAGAUUCUGCAGCUCUUGCAUUUGCUGAGUUGGAGUACGAAGCAGCGGCAUGCAUACUCUCGGAAAUGGAUAGCACAGUGGCUGCCGGCAUCUUAUCCGAGAUGGAUUCUGCAUCUUGGCAAACUUCCCACUCCUCGUGGCAUCAUAAUUCUUUUCCCCUCUCCCAAUAUUCAAUGACAAUCCAGAGGCGUAAAAAUCCUGAAGAGCACUAUCAAGACUACUUGUCAAGGGGCCGGUAA